GACAGCAGAAGGUCAGACGGGCUCGGGGCUGUCCACACGUACAAUGUAUGUAGCAGCUCAGGUGUAACGACAUGUACAUGUACACACGUAACUGUUUGGUGUGAGGGACCAUGUCAGAUACUGGACUACACAGCCUGGUCAAACCCUCAUCUGAGGAGCAGCUAGCUGUUGAAUGUCUUUGUAAACAACUUCAGCAUCUCAAGUGUCACGAUAACCAUUUCUAUGGUGAUCAGACUUUCUUAUCGGAGACUCAGAUAUUUUUGGACCGUCUCCAUGUCGUGUUUACACCACAGAGUUCAGAUACAAUCCAAGUCCCAGGCUGGUUGCCAUGCCUACAGAGUCUCAUUGUGACUGUGUCGGAGACACUAUAUGUGGUACUGUCGUCUUACGUGUGUAAGAAGGCAGCAGAUGAUGUCAUCGUCAUACCAACCAGGGUAAAAGACCUGCUUAAGGAGCUGCUAGUCCGCAUCGUGGACAUUCAGAAAGUUGUAGUUACCAUGCAACAUGGAAUGGUUGAAAUGAUGGAGGCUAAAAAACAGAAAAAUGUUGUUCCGGUUCGGGAUGCAGAAAGACUGGCUCAUCAAUCCCAGCAUGCACUAGACAUGUUAGAGGGUUGCCAUGUCCUGUUGGCUACAGUUGUAGAGGUUGUCGAAAGGAAAUGUAGAUUUGAAGUGCGAUUCUUUAACACGGCCUCCAUAACUGUAGGAACAAUAUCUGUUGGUCGCUUUGCCUGGAGUUUAUGGCAGGGAGAUGGUAUGGAGGAGGUGAUCCACGCUGGUCUGUGGUCCACGUGUAUGGGGGUUACAGCGGCUCUGUUUCAGGUACCAAGGGUCAGGGUGACGGACAUCCAGACACAACUUGUCCGACACCAAAAACUCAGAAAGAAGAUCAAGAAAAUGUCUGCAGGUUGGCAGAAAAAUCAGGAUUGGUCGUACGCAAAGUUUGUACACAUUCCCUCACCAAGGAAUGGCGCCCGACUGUGAAGCAUGCAGGGGUCAUGAAUCAAGAAAAUUAGGACUGUAUAUUGUCCGUGUAAGGUUUAUGUGACAUUCCCAGGGUGUCUGACUGUGGACCAUCAGGUUGGUUACCAUGUACACUGUACAGUAUAUUGUUGUUAUUUACCUUUUAAACGUUCCAGAUUUAAUGUGGUUGAUACUGACAACUAGAAUAUCUAUCCUGCUUACUGCAGAACAAUGAAAUAAUUUUUUAUAGAAAUUUUACUGAACUUCAAUAAGUUUGGCUUUAAUCAUUACAUGGCAUGAGUUUACAGCCAGACAAAUAUGGUAGUAAAUUAUAUAUUAUAUAUAUAUAUCAGAAAGAGAUUUCUUGAAAAUGAAAUGGUAUCCAUUUUACUCUUAAGCAAUAGCAAUUUGAUGUUGAACAAAUAUAUAACUUUCUAGGCGUUCUCAGAAUAUUAAUGUCUAUCAUUAAUGUAUUCCGGUGUAAUAUAUUACAUGUAGAGUUUCCGUCCAGAACUCACUGUUUCUAUUACCAUUUCCAGUUAAUGUGAAGCUAGCGCUAUUUCAUUACCAAGUUAAUUCUGAACUACAACGAAAUAUCCUAAAUUAAUUUGAACUUUUGCAGGCUUCUUAAUGUAAAGGCUGUUAAUCUAUGGGGUUUUAUUUUUCACUGUUUUUGAGGAUUUUAUAAAAUGGCAAAAAUAAUUUUGCCAUUUAAGUAAAAUUAAUGAUAGAUAAAAUAUGGUCCAUUGCAUACUUUCUCUGAACAAAAAGCAUGCUAUAGGUUUCAAACUUUUUUGUGAAACAUUGAAAAUUUUAAAUCAUUGGAAAACAAUUCUGAGAUCAGAGCUUAUUACUGUAGUGAACAUAGAAAGACAAAGAUGUUGUGGAGACUGUCCAUUUACAGAAUGAACCUAUACAACUAUAUAUCUGUAGGAAGCAUUUCUAUUUAUAUUGGGGCUAGCCUACAUUUAGAUUGGAUUCACCUAACUCACGCUAGGAUUAAUAUCACUGCAUGCAAUCACCUAUUUUGCUUCUUUGGGUGUCAAAUAAAUUAUUGCCUAUUUUGACUUCUCAAAAAAGCCUUAAGCCAAAGUUGCUUAGAAUAACAAUCUUCUUCUUCAGACCCAGAUAUGCAGAAAUCAAAAACUCUUAAAGAUUUUGCUUUCUUUGAUUAAUGUUAUCGCACACCUAAGGGAUUUCGUUUGUUUAAUUUGUCUUUUACUGAUCGGAAGUGUUUAUCUUUUAAACAUUUUUUGUAAAGUAUCUGGUACAGGGCAGUAUCGAAGGUCAUACCUGGUAUGUAUCCCCUUACUAUAAACUAGCCGUCAAUAUUUUUGAUUAAUAAAAGGAUUGCAGUCAUCAGGCAUGAAUUAAUCUAACCCUGAUAUUGUUUGAAGAAAUAUUAGUCAGCCCCAGUGCUGUACAAUGUCACAUGUACAUAUGCCUUUAUAAUUCAGAGCACAGGUUUGUAAAAUAAAAUGGGGAUAUACAUGUACAUGUAUAUAUAUGUACAGAUUUGAUAUUUGAUGGUACAGCAUAUUUGGUAUGUACUUUGUAUUAGCAUGCUUUCGUUUCUGUGUUCUGGUACUUUUCAUGUCUUUAUAUAUUUCUAUUUUCUAUGAUACUCAGAUAUUUUUUACUUUAAUAGAUUCUAAGUGUGAUUUUAUUCUGUAUUUUUUGUUUCCUGUUAUGGUGCUUUGGUGUUUUAAAAUGGCAGUUUGAUUAUAACACAUUUACAUAUGAAUUAUGAUACUCCAGAUGAAAACAAUAUUGUGAUAAUCAUAAUCCAGAAUGAAUAUUAAACAAGAUUUACUUAUAUAUCCAGUUGGAAUAUUAUGAGAUAAAUUCUUCAUUUUUAUGUUUCUUGUAAAAGAACUCAUUAUUGUUUUAUCAUGAAACUGCAUUCCUUCUCCAAAAGAUAAUCACUUUGUCAUUAAAAAACUAAUGCAUACUUUUGUCUGUUUGCACAUUAUAGUAUUUGAAGGGAGAUAACUCCAUUAUAUCACAUGGAUAUGUACAGUAUUUAGGUAUAACAUUAUAGAUGUAAGUACUUCUUACCCCAGGGAAAGCAUAAUUGGGUUAUAUGAUUUCGGUCUACAGAUACCUGAAAUUCAGGCAUUAAUUAUAGGCCUUGAAUGGAGUAUUUUUCAGAUUUUAAUGCAAUUGUAAUUUAAUGAAAUUAAUAUAUUUUUUUUAUAAAUAUUUAGUGAAAACAAAUGUCCUGGAAUUGUUUUUAUUAAUAACAAAUUCCAAUUUUAGCAUGUACAUCACAAAUUAAUGAAAAACAUUAAAAUACUGACUUUAUAAUUAUACUGAUAAAAUGGAAGAUGUCAGAAGUUUGCAUGCUGAUUUUGUCCUAAAAGAAUUUAGUAAAAGAUUAAUUAGCAUAGUGAUUUUGUCCUGACGGAAAAAGACUACAGUAUAUUUAAUUAGCAUAUUGACUUGAUUUACAACAGCUUAAUUAUUAUUCUUUGUUUGAUAAUCAAUUUGUAUUGAUUUGUUGUAAGAUUGUUUAUGAUUAAAUGUAUUUCUGUGUUGAUUAGAAAUAUAUUUAUUUAAAACGUUUUAGUUAGCUUAUAUCUCGAAAAUAUCAGUGGCAGUUUAUGUGGUAAUGAAUGACACUGUAAUAUUGUUAGUUAUUACUCAGUACAGUUAUCAUUAUUUCUUUGUGAUAAAAGAAGAAAUAAUUAUAACUUUGUCAUUAUUUCUUUAGAUGGCUUCAGGUUGUUAUUUUACAACUCCAAGGAAAAUCUCCUUGGAUGUGUUUUAUUUUAUAUGGCAAUCCCAUUCAUUUUCUAAUUAAAGCCUGAAAUUCUCCCAGAAUCUUCAUGACCCAGAAUUUAUCCCUCAGAAUUGUAAAUCUGUUUUUAUAAACACGAACUUUAUUGCUUUGAUACUGAAUGAGUACAUAUAAGUUGGCAAUAUACUGCUUCUAAAUCCAAGGGUUUUAUGCUCCUGGUAAGUUGUCUCCUUGUCACUCUUCUGACAUGAAUGUGACCCCUUGGAAUUUUGAGGUUGGGCAGCAUACCAAUAUGUAGCAAUACAAGUGUAGUUCGAAAUCACAGUUUUGUGAUUUUCUUGUAUAUUUCUAAUUUUUAAUGUUUUAAUGUUGGUGUUCUUUGUUGUUUUGUUAAAUGUCUUUGUUGUAACUUGUUGUUGAUUUUGUAGAUUUUGUUUAGUGAUAAAUUUUAAUACAUAUCCUCUUAUUAUGAAUAUACACAAGAUGUUGAAUUUAUAGUCAUGAUUAUUAUACGUUUGAUCAGUACUAUGUUUUAGAUGUUAUAUGUUGUAUAUAUCUAAUGUUAUUUGUAUGUAGGUCUCUGGUCAUUAUGUUACAUAUAUAUAGGAACUUGUAUAAAGAUCAGAGUCACAUUGAGUUGACUAUCGCGAGUAUGAUAAUUUGAUAAGUCACAAUCCUCGCUAUGAAUGACAAAUCAAAUUAUUAAUCUAUUAAUAUUCAGUCCUGCUCUAGAGGCUUAAAGAAUAUGAAUAUAAAAAUCUGUCAGCAUAUUGAAUACACUUCCUUAUAAGGUAUUUUUCUUUGUUUUAAUGGUGUGGUUUUUAUACCACAAACUGUUACAAUGUAAACUGUACCAUCGGUCGUCAGAUACAUACAUGUAUAUCUUUCUACCAUUGAUUCUGUAAUCAAAGUAUACAUACAGCUUAAACACAACACAGAUGUAUGCACCGAAAUUGCACUCUGUGCAAGAACGUACUGCAGCAAAAUUUAGAUUUUGUACAAGUACAAUGCAUCACCAAAUGAUAGGUUCUAACAAAUUUUACUUUGUACAAGUACAGAACUAUUGUAAAUGUAAACUGUAAAUGAUGAAAAAUUAAGAUUUGGUUUUAAUCGGAUUCACAAUUUGAGUUAUUUGCUUUGGUGAUAUUUUAUCAAUUUAAAAUUGAAUUUGUAUGGCAACAUUGUACACAAUUUUAUUUGUUAGUGUUCAGUUGCAAUUUUGUACAUUUUUGAAGUGAAUUUGUUUUAUAAAAAAAACAAAACCACUUCUAGUAUUUGUCUGGUCUGUCUUCAGGUAUAGAAUUUGUUAAGUUUUUGUCGGAUAUUUUUACCCUUGUUAAUAUUUUUUGUCUCUUGUUUUACCCCCAGUGUGAGUCAGAAUCAAUUGUACAGUUAAUCUAGCUAAUUAAGGUGGACAAUUAAUACAGCUUCCUGUUCGAGGCAUCAUUUUUUGGUGUAUCAAGUUUUAAAAUGUGAAAUAUAUCAUUUUUGAACAAAGAAAAUUGGUCAUUAUUCCUUAUGCUCUCUUUUAGUGUGUUUUAUAUCUUAUAAUAUUGAUAUACAAAUUAGUUUAGAUCUAUUCUUCUGUAGUAACUUUAAUUGACUUGUGAUCACAGUAAUCUGUUUUAUAUCUAAUAAUAUUACCUGUACCAGUUGGUUUAAAUCUUUUCUACUGUAGUAACUUUUGAUUGGCUUGUGAUCACUGUGAGUAAUCUAUUUCAUAUCUAAUAAUAUUACUGUAACAGUUAGUUAAUAUCUAGUAUUCUACUGUAGUAACUUUGAUUGGCUUGUGAUCACAGUAAUCUAUUUUAUAUCUAAAAAUAUUGCUAUACCAGUUAGUUUAGAUCUUUUCUACUGUAGUUACUUUAAUUGACUUGUGAUACCAGUACUCUAUUUUAUAUCUAACAUGUUAAAUUAGAUAUUAACAGAUUACUGUUUAUUUAAUAUUAAAUAUUACUGUAACGGUUAGUUCAGGUAUUCCUCGACAGUUUUUUGUUGACUUGGCUGAUCAAUAGAAUCAGUAUUAAAGACAUUCUGUCAUAUAUAUAUAUAUGUUUUUAUUAUUAUUAUUAUUAGACUCGUUUCUUGAUUAUAAGCAUUCUGUAGUUAUAUAGUCAGGUAUUUUCAUAUAAUUUGAAUUAUAUAUUUACAUGAAAAUGGUUUGUAAUACAACAUAGAAAUGAAAUACAAUGAAUGAAAACACACUAUAUACAUGUAUGUUGUAGUGGAUGAAUAUUCUAUAUUGUUAUUUACGAUUGAUCUCGGAUUCAUUCUGCUUCUCUUUCUCGUUGGUUAUUGACAAUAUAUAAACAGUAUAUAUAUAUGUAGCAUUGAAGUGCCGAUAGUGUGUUUGAUCUGACAUUGAAAAUUUAAGGUAAGAUAUAAUCAGUGACAAUAUAAACGACAAGUAUCAAAAUAAAUAUAACGUCCGAGAUCACAUAUCCAAAUAACUAUACCCUAAUAACUAGGUACACUAAAGUAGAAUCUAUAAAAUAUGAUGAGGACAUAGGUUUAGUUUACAUUUUGUUAUUUUAUUGUAUAAAAAAAUACUGAAUAUUUCCAGAUGUGGAUGCAUAUGUUUGAACCCGUUUUCGGUUUUUGACAUAUACUUGUCUUGGUGGAAAUGCUUCCUACUAAGCAUGAAAUACUAUUUUGACGGCUUGUGGAUGCAGUCUCAUGCAAUAAAUCUAUUGACACACCA